AUGGGAGCAGGGCCCGUUCCCUUGGCUGCAGCAGCUCGCCUUAUUACUGCGGCCGCCUGCUCUCUGCAGGGCAACGGCUGGCGAUCUGAGGACUCUGAUCUCACUGCGCUUCGACACUCCAGCAUCCACAACAGCCCUAUCCACCAUGGCGACUCUCUUUCGCGACUUCUCGUUUGCAGCGCCGUCGCCGUCGCUAGCAGCCCACGAGGCCGAGCGGGCCCUCAUGAACUGCUCGCCCACGUCCCAGCCCACCCAUCACCCGGUCCGCAGCCCGCCGACGCCGCCCUGCACCAUGGGCAAUCUUGCGCAACUGAUGGACGGCCAAAACCUUCUUGUUACCACCUCGCCGGCGCGGUCACGGUCGCUGCACCUGCCGCCUGGCCCGACGGAUGCCAGCGACAACGGCAACUCUCCCUCGGACUCGCUGGACCGGCCCACCUACUGCCGCGCCUCUGCCUCCAUCAUGCGCAUGCAGCGCCAGGUCGAUGUCGGAUCGCAGGCCAAGGACAUCGCCCGCCUUCUCCGGAUGAUCGAGGACGAGGAGCAGUGCUCCGUCAGUGAAUCAGCGCGCCCGGCCUUUGGUGCAUCGUCUGACGACGAGGGCAUCGACAUGGACUACGACUGCCCGCUCCGCGUCGUGGAGCCUCUGUUCUCGCGCCCGCUGUAUCGCGCCGGCGACCGCCACAACGACAGCGCGCGCGUAACCAAGACGGUCCGUAUGCGCAAGCGCUCGGGACCAGCCAAGGAGCCGAAGCAGAGGAGGAAGACGGCGUAAAACACGCCGGAGUAAUGGGGCAGUCCUGGCUGCGACUUUGUGAUUUCAAACAUUGCGACGGCGUUUUUCGAGUGGGGUUACUGGCUCCCUACGGGUUGAGCACGGCGUUACAUAUCGCAUAUUUUUCUGAAUUAAGCAUUCCAACCG